AUGUCCCUGGGGGAGGUGACGGGGGGGAAACCCUUCGUGCCCAAGAACCCGACGCGGGAGAUCCCACGGGAGGAGCAGAUCACGCUGGAGCCGGAGCUGGAGGAGGCGCUGGCCAACGCCACCGAGGCCGAGAUGUGCGACAUCGCCGCCAUCCUGGGCAUGUACACGCUGAUGAGCAACAAGCAGUACUACGACGCGAUCUGCAGCGGGACCAUCUCCAACACGGAGGGCAUCAACAGUGUGGUGAAGCCCGACACGUACAAGCCGGUGCCGGAUGAGCCCCCAAAUCCCACCAACGUGGAGGAGACGCUGCGGCAGAUCCAGGCCAACGAUGGGGCUCUGGAGGACGUCAACCUCAACAACAUCAAGGACAUUCCCAUCUCCACGCUGAAGGCCAUCUGUGAGGCCAUGAAAACCAACACCCAUGUCAAGAAGCUCAGCCUGGUAGCCACCCGCAGCAACGACCCCGUGGCCACCGCCGUGGCCGAGAUGCUGAUGGAGAACAAGACCCUGCAGAGCCUCAACAUCGAAUCCAACUUCAUCACCAGCGCCGGCAUGAUGAGCAUCAUCAAGGCCAUGUACCACAACACCACCCUGAGCGAGCUCAAGGUGGACAACCAGUGCCAGCGGCUGGGCGACACGGUGGAGAUGGAGAUGGCCACCAUGCUGGAGCAGUGCCCCUCCGUCGUGCGCUUCGGCUACCACUUCACGCAGCAAGGCCCCCGCGCCCGGGCCGCCAUCGCAGCUGCCAGCGUGCGAGAAAACGAGCGUGACUUGGGACAGGGACAGGAGGGGAUGGGGCAGGGAGAGGCCGAAACCCACGUCGAGGUUGGCAGCGCUCGCAGGGCUCUGGCCAGGGAAGGGACAGCCCAAAACAGCACCACGUUGAGCAGCAAAACGCUGGGACCACCAACAUCACCCCUCCCCGGGACCUGA